AUGCUUUUGACCUCCCUUCCCUCUCUCCACCAGCUCUUCGUCCGCUCUGGCAGCCCAGCCGUCUUAGAUCCAAAGGUCGGCAACUCUUUGUUCUCCAUCACUUGCCCCCUCCAGCUCCACAUCCGCGCUGGAAGCCCAGGCGACUUUGAUUCAAAGAUCCACAUCUCUUUGACCUCCAUUCCCCAGUCUCCUCCGGCUCAUCGUCCCCCCACGCAGCCCAGGCAUCUUCGAUUCAAAGGUCCGAAUUCCGUUGACCUCCAUGCCCUUCUGUCCUCCAUCAGCCUUGGCAGCCCAGGCGUCUUAGAUUGA